AUGGAGCUCUGCAGCGAGGCGGCCCUCCGGAGCCUGGGAAUGCAGGGCGAAAACGGCAGCUGCCUGGAGCUCGACCAGAUGGCCAUGUGGACCAGCGAGGAGUGCGCCGUGGGCCAGGCCGUGGUGGCCCCGAGCGGCUCGGCCGCGGCCUCCCUCGCAGAGGCGGCGCGGUGGGGCCCCUCCGCGGGCGGCGGCUUCGUCGAGGCGGCGGCGGCGGCCGAGGGCACCUCGUGGAUGAACCCCGCGAUCUCGGUCGGCUUCGCCAUGCUCGUGCUGGCCACCUUCGGCGUGGGCGCGCAGUGCCUGCGCGCCCAGGGCCUGGCGCGGGGGGGCGGGGCGAGCGCGCCUCUGGCCGCGGCGGGGGGAGGAGAUGGCGUGAGCUCUGGGGCCACGCCUGCUGAGCCAGCGAGUGGUUGA